AUGGAGAGGAAAUGGGGAAUUCCCUCCCCUUAUCGCAAAUUUGCCUGUCUAUUCUGCCAAAGGCCUACAACAAAUAGCGAUUCGAAAAAUAUUUUUUUAAAACAGCUAAGACAAGAUUGUCCACUCCUUCAGUCAAAACCUUGUCAUUGCAUCACCAACACGGAUGAUAUCCCCUCUAUUAUUCUUUCGUACCCAGCUAAUAAAUACAAAGAUAUCGAAAAUGUCGAUGCCACGGAUGAAUUGAUAAUUGUUUAUUGCGAAGAUGCCACAGAACAAGAGGUUUUCAAAAAAGAUGGUCUAAAUAUUUUAAAAAAUGUAACGGCCAAAGUUCAAGAAAAUGAGAUACAUAUAAUACUAUUCUUAGAACAUAUUCGUUUGCCACUUUUAGGAGUUCUUAGCCAAAAUUCUAGCAAAUCAUAUUUUGAUGGUUUUAAAAGAAUAACUCAUUUAAUAAUCAAAGAUUCUGGUAUAAUGAGUAUUCCUAAUCAUGCUUUAUUACCCUUAAAUAACAGCUUAGAAGUUUUGACUAUCGUAGAAAAGGAUAAUGAUUUAAAUGGGGAAAUUUUAUUUAAUAAAGUUGUGAGCGCCAUAAACGGAUCUGAAGAUAAUCUGUUUCCCAAAUUAUCUUCAUUGCAUUUAGAAUUCGCGAAUUGGAAAUCUAUUCCUCCUAAUUCUUUCAGGAAUAUAGGUGUAAAAUUAAAUCAUCUUACAUUGGGAUCGCGGAAUAUGGAGAUUAUAAACGAAGAUUCAUUCGUGGGAUUGGAGAAGAAUUUAAAAAUUCUGCACCUACAAAGUGAUAUGUUAAAAAAAAUUCCAUGGAAAUCAUUGGCAAAAUUGAAUCAAAUCUUGCGCAAUUUGACAAUCACGAGUGAUCACAUACAAUAUUUGAAGGACGAAAACUCUUCUCCAUAUUCAUUCUCGGGAUUGGCUUAUAUUAACCUAGAAGAGUCUAAGAUAAAUUUAAUAUAUUCUAAUGCCUUCGAAAAACUGUCUCUCAAUCAUUCGUUAGAGUAUUUAAUAAUCCGAUCCAAUGGGCUUAAAAAUAUUGAAAAAUAUGCCUUUACGGGGCUUCAAAAACUUAAAUUCCUCGAUCUAUCCUAUAAUGAUUUAUCAAACAUUCACGAAAACAUGUUUACUAAUUUAAUUCAAUUAGAUACGCUUGAUUUAAGUAAUAAUAAAAUAGCCCUAAUACAGGAUUCUGAUAUUUAUGCUUUUAAAAGGAGUUUAACCAGUUUGAAGCUACAAAACAACAAGAUAAAGCUUUAUCCUUCUAAAUUGAUAGAGUCUUUAAGCCUACUUAGAGAGUUGAUCCUGGCAGAUAACAAAUUAUCGUCUCUUCCUAACCAUUCCCUGGUAAAUAUGAUCAAUUUAUGUUCCAUCGACCUAAGUGGGAAUUAUUUAGAGCAAAUUCCUUACCAAAAUUUAAAAAAUAUGAAGAAAUUGGAAAAUUUGGACCUAUCGGGAAACAAUUUAAAAAUGAUUUCCAUGAUAUUUCUUAGUUAUUUAGUUAAACUCAAAAAAUUCAAUUUAAGAGAAAAUAAUCUCUCAACAAUUGACAAUAUAUCUGAUUAUAUAUCCGAUAAAACCUUUGGAAUAACUCUUAAAUUUCUAGGAUUAGCAAAUAACCUUUGGCACUGUGAUUGUCAUAUAAACAAAUUGGUGAAAUGGAUAAAUGAAGGGUUCAAAGACCUAACAAGUAAUGAACUUCUUAUUCAAACCAAAGAUCUAAAUUUGGCACAUUGUUUCACACCGAUUAGGUUUAAAGGAAUAUCGUUAUUCGAAUUUCAACACACCGAAGAUUGUGACUCGGAAGAACCAUCGACUUUAAAAGAAUCUACAAGCUCAAUGUCUAUGACUACAGGUGAAUCUUUGUACAAGAUUGAUAGAGCCUUGAGAUUGGCUGAAAAUAGUAUGAUAAUCACAGCUGUUACAAUAGCAAUCCUUUUGGCUGGUUGCAUUAUUUUCCUCGUUUAUAUAUUUUUUAUUUCCAAAAAACCCACUUGCAAAAAUAAUACCAAUCCAACAUAUCGUCAAAAUCCAAAUCCUUUUUUAAAUCAGACUGUUAUUAGAUAA